AAUGUCAUUGUUUCGCAUAUGAGAAAACACACUGGGGAAAAACCCUUUUCCUGCUUGAUUUGCGGUCAAAGUUACACUCAAAGAGGUGCUUUAACAAGACACACCAGAACGCACUCUGGGGAGAAACCGUUUUCGUGUUCAGAUUGCGGGAAAGGAUUUACUCAGAAGGAACAUUUGGUAACACACACUCGAACACACACGGGAGAGAAACCUUUUCCGUGCUUAGUAUGCGGUAAAAGUUUUUCUAUCAAGGGAAAUUUGAUAACGCACACGAGAAUACACACUGGGGAAAAAUCUUUCGCAUGCUCUGUCUGCAACUUUAGUUUUGCCGAUCGUUCGUCGUUGGUUCAACACAUUAGAACCCAUACUGGCGAGAAACCUUUUUCCUGUUCGGUCUGCGGUAAAAAAUUCACUCAGAAAGGGCAAUUGGGGACACACUCGAGGACACACACAGGAGAAAAGCCUUUUCCCUGCUCAGUUUGCAAUAUCAGUUUUGGAGAUCGUUCUACGUUGGUUCUACACAUGCGAACACACACUGGGGAGAAACCAUUUUGCUGUGUGGUGUGCAAUAAGCGAUUUACUCAGAGGGCGCAUUUAAGAACGCACUCCAGAACUCACACAGGAGAAAAACCUUUUGCAUGUACAGUCUGCGAGUCAAGUUUCGCAGAUCGUUCGUCUUUGGUUCAACACAUGAGAAUACACACUGGGGAGAAAGUGUUCAAUUGUAGUGUGUGUGACCAACGGUUCUUUUAUAAGUAUCAGCUUAAAAAACACAAGUGUGCUGGCAAGAGCACAACGGCAGAGUCGUAA